AUGAACCCCGAAGACCCGCUAGUCCAGGCCUUGCCGCCGGCUACUGACUACCUCACUUACCUCACGCUGCUUGAGUAUCAGUUGACCCCCAAGCGUCUUCCGCUUUUGCACCAGCUGCUGCAAGAUGAGCGCCUCACCACCAACAUCGGUUGGGAUCUCGUCAAGCUCCUCCUGCCCAUGCUUCCCGCGUCUACCGAGUGUCUUCAAGAUGUCGCCCGACUCGGAAACCCGCGAGAAGUUAUCCUGCGUGUAUCCGAAGCCUUGAUGCAGCUCCAGUCGGAGGGCGACGAUGAGGACGAUGACGAUGCGGAUGGCUCGUUGCCGAAACAUAUCCUGCAAUUCAACUGUCUCCUGUCCAUGCUGUCCGUGCUUCAUGGUAGAAUUAAAACCAAAUCCCCCAGUCGUUUCAUCGCGACCUCGCUCCAGGCAGCACUUGAGGCCUACACAGCUAUGCCCUGCGACGAGACCACCCUGGCCCUGCUUGAGUUCCUUCGCGACGUCUCCCCCAGCAAGCGACCGGCCCCACCUCCACGAGCCCCGAGCGAGUCGAGCGUGCUGCGGACGGCAAAAGCCUCUGCUCCAGAUCCUGAAGCAGAGGUGGCGUUGCCGUCUCCGUCGGCAACCAACGAGACCUUGUUGGUCAGGAAAUUCAUCCAAUUUGGUUUGGUCGAGCUACUCAAGUCAUACCUAUUGAGCUUCUCGAGUCCAAUGGACCCUGGCAUGUCCUGGACCAUUCGCAUGCAGGAGCAUUUGCAUCCGUCUCUGCGGCUACCAGAACAGUCGCAGACACAGGCAUACUCCAGCACGAAAGAGCUCAAGGAGCGGGAUAUGCUAUUGGGCAAGAUCGUGGCACUGUCGCGAGACGUUGGGAUCGACAGCACCGAACUAUUGUCAAUUGUUUCCCGCUCUCCCGAUGAACACCUGCCUCCGCUGGACUUUGAAGAGCCUCCAACUUCCCCGGACGAAAUUCCUCUGGAACGCCACGGCUCACUGCUGCUUCUUGCAGCUCGUGCUGCAGGGUCUACCCUCUUCACGUCGGGCAAUCUGAUGCCACCAUUGUCUGUGUUCCCGGAUAUAGCAGCGAUCUUCACGAAUUUCUUGGGAGCAUCUGAGAAUGUGGAUGAAGUAGCUUACGGCGAGCCCCAGGCGCUGCUAGACUCUCUACUAGCUCUGACCGUGCAUGCUAUGCAAAACCCAAUUGUAACACCAUCCAACGAGACAGAAUUCAAGGAUUUUGUUACUGCUUUGACCGCAUGCACAGCGCGCCAGACCCAUGGCAUUGUCCGCCAAAUCCCGACGGCCAUCGUGCACAGCCACCCGUCUUCUUCCACACGGUUCAAGCUUAUCCGCUCUAUUCUGGAAGAAAAAGAAUUGACAUCUGUCCGUGACAGUGCUGUGACGUGGCUAAGAGAGGAAAUCAUAGGCCACGUCCAUGAAUCGGCGGAAACUGUCUUCCAUGACCCGCUACACUUCUGGAUUCUGUUCCAGUCACUCUUCACAUCUGUCAAGACAGCUUCCUCUGCAAAUAUACUGGACAGUUGGACGCGUCUUACGCAAACUGAGGGCCCAGGCCUGCAUUCCGCAUUGAACCUCUACUAUCUACUUCUAUCGUCGCCUUCUCUCAGGGAUACUUUACAACUGGAAAAGACCGUGGUUUUCUUCCGCGGUCAAGUUCUCGAACCUUUACAUCACCUGUUCCGUGCCUUCGAAUCCGACCUUACUGCCAAGGGAGGUGACGGAAUCAUCGAAUCUGCAGUCGGCAAGGAGAUGUGUCAGGUUGGCAAUGCUCGGUCCGCGGGGCUGGUUGGGCUCACACUUGAUCAGAUCGAGGAGGCGAUUCACGAUGCUUAUGGAACCGAUGAUUCGGACCUGAAGGCGUUCACGCAGGAAGAAGAGACCAGAGUUGCCGAGAUCCGGAAAGAGACUGAGGGAUGGAAAUAG